CUGGGGUAGGAAAGCAAAUCCUGGAAAUGAUGUUCUAAUGUAAUUUCUGAUUACUAUUGCAGAUGCCUGAGGAAGUGCACCAUGGAGAGGAGGAGGUGGAGACCUUUGCCUUUCAGGCAGAGAUUGCCCAACUUAUGUCUCUUAUCAUCAAUACCUUCUAUUCCAACAAGGAAAUUUUCCUUAGAGAGUUGAUCUCUAAUGCUUCUGAUGCAUUGGACAAGAUUCGCUAUGAGAGCCUGACAGACCCUUCCAAGCUGGACAGUGGGAAAGAGCUGAAAAUUGACAUCAUCCCUAACCCCCAGGAACGUACUUUGACUCUUGUGGACACAGGCAUUGGCAUGACCAAGGCUGAUCUCAUAAAUAACUUGGGAACAAUUGCCAAGUCUGGUACCAAAGCCUUUAUGGAGGCUCUGCAGGCUGGUGCAGACAUCUCCAUGAUUGGUCAGUUUGGUGUUGGCUUUUAUUCUGCCUAUCUGGUGGCAGAGAAAGUGGUAGUGAUCACAAAACACAAUGAUGAUGAGCAGUAUGCCUGGGAGUCGUCAGCUGGGGGUUCCUUCACAGUUCGUGCUGACCAUGGUGAGCCCAUUGGUCGGGGUACUAAAGUCAUUUUGCACCUUAAAGAAGACCAGACAGAAUACUUAGAAGAGAGACGAGUCAAAGAAGUAGUGAAGAAGCACUCACAGUUCAUAGGCUACCCCAUCACCCUCUAUCUGGAGAAAGAACGAGAGAAGGAAAUCAGUGAUGAUGAGGCAGAAGAAGAGAAAGGUGAGAAAGAGGAAGAGAAAGAUGACGAAGAGAAGCCCAAGAUAGAAGAUGUGGGUUCAGAUGAGGAGGAUGACACUGGUAAAGACAAGAAAAAGAAAACAAAAAAAAUUAAGGAGAAGUACAUUGAUAGGGAAGAAUUGAACAAGACUAAGCCCAUUUGGACCAGAAAUCCUGAUGACAUCACACAGGAGGAAUAUGGAGAGUUCUACAAGAGUCUCACUAAUGACUGGGAAGACCACUUGGCAGUCAAGCACUUCUCAGUAGAGGGCCAGCUGGAAUUCAGGGCAUUGCUCUUUAUCCCUCGCCGGGCUCCCUUUGAUCUCUUUGAGAACAAGAAAAAGAAGAAUAACAUUAAACUUUAUGUUCGUCGUGUGUUCAUCAUGGACAGUUGUGAUGAGUUGAUACCAGAGUAUCUGAACUUCAUCCGUGGUGUGGUUGACUCAGAGGAUCUGCCCCUCAACAUUUCUCGUGAAAUGCUGCAACAGAGCAAAAUCUUGAAGGUCAUCCGCAAAAACAUUGUCAAGAAGUGCCUUGAGCUCUUCUCUGAGUUGGCAGAAGACAAGGAGAACUAUAAGAAAUUCUAUGAGGCAUUCUCUAAAAACCUGAAGCUUGGGAUACAUGAAGAUUCUACUAACCGGCGUCGCCUUUCUGAGCUACUUCGCUAUCACACUUCCCAGUCUGGAGAUGAGAUGACCUCUCUCUCAGAAUAUGUGUCCCGCAUGAAGGAGACCCAGAAGUCCAUUUAUUACAUCACUGGUGAGAGCAAAGAGCAGGUGGCCAACUCCGCUUUUGUGGAACGAGUGCGCAAGCGGGGCUUUGAGGUUGUGUAUAUGACUGAACCUAUCGACGAGUACUGUGUGCAACAGCUCAAGGAAUUUGAUGGGAAAAGCCUGGUUUCUGUCACCAAAGAGGGCCUAGAACUACCUGAGGAUGAAGAGGAGAAAAAGAAAAUGGAGGAGAGCAAGGCCAAGUUUGAGAAUCUCUGUAAGCUCAUGAAGGAAAUUUUGGAUAAGAAGGUCGAGAAGGUGACAAUUUCUAAUAGGCUUGUAUCUUCACCCUGCUGCAUCGUGACUAGCACAUAUGGCUGGACAGCCAAUAUGGAGCGGAUCAUGAAAGCACAGGCACUUCGGGACAACUCGACAAUGGGCUACAUGAUGGCUAAAAAGCACUUGGAGAUUAACCCUGAUCAUCCAAUUGUUGAAACACUGAGACAGAAAGCCGAGGCAGACAAGAAUGAUAAAGCUGUUAAGGACCUGGUGGUGCUGCUGUUUGAAACCGCACUGCUCUCUUCUGGUUUCUCCCUUGAGGAUCCCCAGACUCACUCCAACCGCAUCUACCGCAUGAUCAAGCUAGGCUUAGGCAUUGAUGAAGAUGAGGUGACUGCUGAGGAACCCAGUGCUGCUGUUCCUGAUGAGAUCCCCCCACUUGAGGGUGAUGAGGAUGCAUCUCGCAUGGAAGAAGUCGAUUAA